GCAUAACUUUGGAGAAGGUCGUAGGUUCAGACUAUACGCGCCAUUACUAAUUAAAAGCAAAUACGAUACCGAUACGAUACUAUGCAUGCAAGUUAUGCAACACUAUACUUAUUUGGAAUAAAUUAAAAAGAAUAGUCACUUUGACAGACAGUUGAUUUUUUGACAGAACGACCGCAGAAGAAUCAAGUGAAUUGAAGUGAAUCAAGUCGCAAAUUCGCAAGAAUCUAAGACUUGAAAUUACUAGAAAAUUAAAGUAAUUUUUAAAUUUCGUACGCUGUUUUCACAAUGCUCGUAAAAAAUAUCACGAAUUUGGUGGUUCGUAGCUCCUUCGCUGCGGGAAAGAAUGCACAAAUUCUUAGAAACUUUUCAAUGACUUCUGCAAAAUGCGACAUUGUGAAAAUUCAAAGCACUGAUGAUUUUAAGGCAAAAGUCAUCAAUAGCAAAGUUCCAGUAGUUGUAGAUUUUUUCGCUACGUGGUGCAAUCCAUGUAGGCUGCUGACUCCUCGUCUGGAAUCCAUCAUCUCAGAAAGCAAAGGAAAAGUAAUCCUGGCUAAAGUGGACAUUGAUGAGCAGACAGACUUGGCAUUAGAUUAUGAAGUCAGUUCUGUCCCUGUAUUAGUCGCCAUCAAAGAUGGGAAAGUGCAGCAACGCCUGGUGGGUCUGCAAGACACUGACAAACUGCGCAAAUGGAUUGAACAAUUCACUUCCGAGGAAUCUAAGGCAGAAGUCAAAGCUUAAGAUCCAUCAACAGUGCACAUGUACUUCUUAAAUUAUUGUUGUUACCAAAUUAGUUGAACAUAAUAAAUUGAAAUAAAACAAAUGCCUUAUUCUUGUA